AUGGAAAGAUGGUCAAGACCACAUUUCUUAUACAAUGAUAGUAGCAAAGAAAAUGGAAAUUCAAAGAAAUCAAAAUGUAAAACGCAGCUUGAUUAUUCAUGUUCGGAUGAGGUUGAUAAUCAAAGUGCAAAAAAAAAUAAUAAUAAUAAGAGAUUGAAAUCAAAAAGUAGCAUAAAAUAUGUGACACAACAGGAUACCUUGGGUUCUGACAAUGAAGUCAGUCAAAAUAUAAGGAAAUUAUCAAAGAAAAAGAAGACAAAUCAUGAUAAAAAAUGUGAGACUUUAUCGGACUCUUUAAAAAUCAACCUCACGUAUAGCUCUACUAAUGAUUCAAUUGAAAAUGGAGUGGAAAGUGCUAAUAUUCUGGUUGUUGUUAUAGAAGAGAAUGAACACUUUAGCAAUAGACAG